AAAUAUAUAUAUUUGACAAGAGGGUAAUGAAAAUAACUAAAAGGAAAAAUUGAAAAAAUUGAAAUUACAAUAGUUAAAGUGACAAUUACCGUACCAUUUGUGACAAUUACCAUACAUCUCUCUCCUGGCGUGGUAUUGGAAUUGUUGCUCCUCCUCUGGUUCUUCGUCGUUGCAAUUUCAAACAUCGAUUCAUCAGUUUGCGAAGGUUCUCUUUACGCUGUAAAUGCGUAAGCCUUCGUUUUCCAAGCUCAUAUUGACGAUCACUGAUCAGCCCUCCGAUAACUGGUCAGCCUUCUCUUUGUCUCUUGCUAGCUCACUCUGUAUGAAAAAAAAAAAGUUGCUUCGUUUUCCUUUUCUCAAAUUUUGUUUGAUUCAAAGAGUUUGGUUCUUGUGGGCCUUGAGCUGAAGAAAGUUUAAAACUUUUCAAGUUUUGGAGCUCAACCCACGAGAAAUCAGACCCCAUGAGGCUGUUAGAAAGCUCCAAAUUCAGCCUCUUCAAAUUCAAAGCUUGCUCAUUAAGCUCACAAGUGACCCCGUUUGGCCCCUUCAAUUCAUUUGUGCAAAAGAGGUGGAGAAAGCCUAUAAUUUCCGCCCAAACACGCUUAGAAGAUCGAACCAGGGACUCAAACCUAGACAAGCUCACAACCCACCUCAAGAAACUCGAUAUCAUCUUAAAACUCCAUGUCCUCGUGUCCAGUCGGAAGCGCGGACCAUUUGUGUCCUUACAGCUAAUGUCCCGAUGGAGGAACCUCGUGGGGCUUAAUGUCGGCAUUGGCGCCUUUGUUCACAAAUACCCACAUGUUUUUGAGGUGUUUACACAUCCGGUACGGCGCAAUUUGUGUUGUAGGAUAAGCAAGAAAAUGAUGGGUUUAAUAGAGGAAGAAGCAGAUGCUAUGAAACAAUUGGAGCUGGAAGUUGUCCGUCGGGUAAAGAAGUUAUUGAUGAUGUCUGUGAGUGGCACUCUUCAUCUCCAUGCUUUGAGGUUGGUUAGGAGAGAAUUGGGGUUGCCUGUGGAUUUCAGGGAAUCCAUUCUUGGUAAAUAUUCGAAGGAUUUUAAGUUGGUUGAUUUAGAGGUUGUAGAAUUGAUUAGUAGAGAUGAAAAUUUGGAAGUGGCUGAAAUUGAGAAAUGGAGAGAGAAGGAAUUUAGAGAGAAGUGGUUGAGUGAGUUCGAGACAAAGUAUGCAUUCCCGAUCAAUUUCCCAACGGGGUUUGAGAUCCAGGCUGGGUUUAGAGAUAAGUUGAAGAAUUGGCAAAGACUUCCUUAUGUGAAGCCUUAUGACAGGAAAGAGUCUGUCCGCAUUCGUACUUGUGGAGGGAUUGAGAGGUAUGAGAAACGGGCGGUUGGUAUUCUUCAUGAGUUCUUGAGUUUGACAACAGAGAAGAUGGUUGAGGUUGAAAGGUUAGCUCAUUUUCGGAGGGAUUUCGCUAUGGAUGUUAAUGUGCGUGAGCUUAUCUUGAAGCACCCUGGAAUUUUUUACAUAUCAACCAGACGUAAUAGUUUAACUGUUUUUCUUAGAGAGGCAUAUAGUAAAGGGUGCCUCAUUCAGUCUAAUCAGAUAUAUGAUGUUCGGAGGAAAAUGUUGGACCUUGUUUUCCUAGGGAGUCGAAAUACUAGAGAAAUGCCAGCUCAAAAGGAAAUCAAGGAGUUCAAAGUAGAUGGGGAUGGUAUAAUGGAUGGAGACUGGGUUAUCCCAAUGUUAGAGAACUUGGAGAAUGGAAGUUGAAAUUGGUAAUUCAAGGUUUCAGGAAUACAGUCAGAUUUAGGGAUGGAAUUAUGGAUGGAGACUGGGUUAUCCUUGUAUGAAACAUGUUUCAUCUCUUAAAUAACUUGAGUUGAGCCCUUCAGUCAAGAAUGUGUGCCCUAACCACAAUGCGGAAUACGACUUGGACAUUUCCCAGUAUCUUGUUGGGGCAUAACUCUAUUUUUCUAUGCUCUAAGAACAACAUGACAAGGCUAGUUUCUGGAGGACUAGAUAUGAGUUACACAAGAAAUCUGCUUGUCUUAAAAUAUAUGGGUCUAUAACAUUUUGGAGCACUCUAUAGCUUUUUCCAAUUUGAUAUUCUUUUACAACCUAAAGCACCACAGAUUCAGUGGCUCAUUCCGGUCAUUAGUCUUCAGGACCUCUCAUUGAAUUGCUUCAACUCAAACAUUUGAUUAGUGAGCAAUAUGUGUUGGCGAUAUUAAUUAAGCGAGAGGAGAAUUGGAUUGGUUCUUAAAGUAUAGAACAUGGAUUGGUUCUUCAAAUGUAAAAAAACUCAAUUGCCAUCACACGUUUGACUUUCUAAAGGUCCUCCAGAUUUCUAGCUUCUCCUGGAAUUUUGUAAAAGGAGUUGGGCCUGCAGAUGACCUCGGAAUGGCAAAGGAAGAAAACAUCACAAUCUGGAGACUAUUUGCUGUUUGCUUUGGGGCCACCUGAAAUUUCCGAAUAGAAAAGUUAAAAAACAGUGUUUCUUAGACUGAUGGCUACAGAAAAAAGAGGCAAAAUUACAAGGAGUGACCUGGCCGGCAACAAAUUGAAUGACUUGGUCUUCAGUGAGUCCAUCUGGACUAGCUGCUCUCACCACAUAUGCCAUUGGUAUUUGUCCUGCUUCUUCAUCUUCAACCCUACAGUUUGUUUUUUGUAUUAUGGAAAGAAACAGAUAUAGAUAGAAAUAGAGAGUGACAGGGAGAGAGAGCUAAGUGGCGCACGGUAUAACGGCUGCAUCAAGAAUUUGAGGAUGACUCAAAAGUAUUGCCUCCAAUUCUGCCGGAGCAACCUGCACAAUGAUUCAAACAGUUUAAUUUGGAGCUUGUGUCUGGUUCUUGACAUUUGGAAAACUACUCAAUUUGUAGAAAAAUGCUAGAGAGAUCACAUUUUGGCCAUACUUGCUGACCACUUGAUGAGGCAGUGAAUUAACAUCAAUUGUCACUCAUGCGGUAGCUAAUCCGGUCUCAAAAUGUGAUCAUCUAACAUUAUUGUUUGAUUAAUUAUACAAACAUCAGUCGUAAUGUGAAAUAUUGGUUCAAGUA